UUAGCAGUACAAACACCACGCUCAGCUAGCUCUGUCUCCGUGUACUAGCUUGCUCCAAAGCUUGGAACAGCAAACGUUGAACCCGGGAGCAUUUUUGUGGCCUAGAUCGACCGAUCGCCAUGUCGCCCACUAUGGCCUCGUCGCUCUGCGUUUUCGCAGCGAUGUCUAGCGCCGCCGGUAGGCCGGCCGGUGUCUCGGCGGUUCCGGGCCGUCUGUCCAGCAGCCAGGGGGCCAAACAGGGCAAGCGGGCCGUGGCGCAGCCUCUCGCCGCUAGCGUCGUGACGGAGAUGCCGCCUCCGGUCAUCGCCCCGCCGGCUAGGCCCGUCGUCGACGCCCCGCGCCGCCGUGGGGGCCGCGGUGGCGGCGAGCACGCGGCGUGGAAGAGCGUCCGGCAGGAGAGGUGGGAAGGGGCGCUGGAGGUGGAGGGGGAGCUGCCGCUAUGGCUGGAUGGCACAUACCUGAGGAACGGCCCGGGCCUGUGGAACCUCGGCGACUACGGCUUCCGGCACCUGUUCGACGGCUACGCCACGCUCGUGCGCGUCUCGUUCUGCAACGGCCGCGCGGUGGGCGCGCACCGCCAGAUCGAGUCGGAGGCGUACAAGGCGGCGCGCGCUCACGGCAAGGUGUGCUACCGCGAGUUCUCCGAGGUGCCCAAGCCGGACAGCUUCCUCUCCUACGUCGGCCAGCUCGCCAGCCUCUUCUCGGGCUCCUCGCUGACCGACAACUCCAACACGGGCGUCGUCAUGCUCGGCGACGGCCGCGUCCUCUGCCUGACGGAGACCAUCAAGGGCUCCAUCGUGAUCGACCCGGACACGCUCGACACGAUCGGCAAGUUCGAGUACAGUGACAAGCUGGGCGGCCUGAUCCACUCGGCGCACCCGAUCGUGACGGAGACCGAGUUCUGGACGCUGAUCCCGGACCUGAUCCGGCCCGGCUACGCUGUCGCGCGGAUGGACGCCGGGAGCAACGAGCGGCAGUUCGUCGGCCGGGUGGACUGCCGCGGCCGGCCGGCGCCCGGGUGGGUGCACUCGUUCCCCAUCACCGAGCACUACGUCGUGGUGCCGGAGAUGCCGCUCCGGUACUGCGCUAAGAACCUCCUCCGCGCGGAGCCCACGCCGCUGUACAAGUUCGAGUGGCACAUCGAGUCCGGCAGCUACAUGCACGUCAUGUGCAAGGCCAGCGGCAAGAUAGUGGCGAGCGUGGAGGUGCCGCCGUUCGUGACGUUCCACUUCAUCAACGCGUACGAGGAGAGGGACGAGGAGGGGCGCGUGACGGCGAUCAUCGCGGACUGCUGCGAGCACAACGCCAACACCUCCAUCCUCGACAACCUCCGCCUGCACAACCUCCGCUCCUUCACCGGCCAGGACGUCCUCCCCGACGCCAGGGUGGGCCGGUUCAGGAUACCGCUGGGCGGGAGCCCGUUCGGCGAGCUGGAGUCGGCGCUGGACCCGGACGAGCACGGCCGCGGGAUGGACAUGUGCAGCAUCAACCCGGCCCACGUCGGCAAGAAGUACCGGUAUGCCUACGCCUGCGGCGCGCGCCGGCCGUGCAACUUCCCCAACACCCUCACCAAGAUCGACCUCGUCGAGAAGACGGCCAAGAACUGGUACGAGGAGGGCGCCGUGCCAUCUGAGCCCUUCUUCGUGCCUCGCCCCGGCGCCGUGGAGGAGGACGACGGCGUGGCGAUAUCGAUGGUGAGCGCCAAGGACGGGUCGGGCUACGCGCUGGUGCUGGACGCCACGACGUUCCAGGAGAUCGCGCGGGCCAAGUUCCCGUACGCGAUGCCCUACGGCUUGCACUGCUGCUGGGUGCCCAGAAACUCGAACGCGUAGAUCGAUCGGCUCUGGCGCUCUGCUCCUAUAGCAUCUUGGGUUCGGCGUAUCGAGUCGUGGACGUCAGUGUAGCUACAGAGAUGUAUAGGCAGAUGUCAUAUACGUGAAAAUACAGGGAAAAUGUACAUAGUAUAGUUUCGUUUCCCAGAUCAAUCUCGUAGUAAUGCACGCGUGUAAUGUGGACAUUACUCUCCGUUAUCGAGAUCAUAGUGUUGCUCAAUGUGUAGUAUAGUGAAUAUCCCUCUCAAAUC